AUGCCAAUGAGCAAUCAAGGCUGGCCUGAGGAAUUUGGCUUCAGGAUUGGUGGGAAUGGUCCAUGCUACAUCCUCCAGGUAGAAGAAGGGAGCAGUGCCCACCUGGCUGGACUCCAGCCUGGAGAUCAGAUCCUGGAGAUUGAAGGCCAACCUGUAACCUCCCUGAAUUUCCAGAGCCUGGUGAGCUUAGCUCAGCAGUGCGAGAAUGUACCUCCCAGCAUUGGGGUGGUGUCCCGGGUCCAGCAGAUUGAGCUCCCCUCUGGUCCCAAUGGUAGCUUCGGUUUCACCCUGCUGAGGGGAACUCCCUUACAGGUAGGGAGUGUAAGUGCUGGUUCCCCAGCAGAAGAGGCUGGCCUCAAGGCUGAAGAUUACAUUCUAGAGAUUAAUGGCAUCCCUGUGAGACAGUAUGAAAUGGCGACUCUCCUCAUUGAGUCCUGCCAGGGGAAGGCACUGGGUCUGGGGCUGCUAAAACUGGGGAAACAUAACCGAAGUUGCAGCAGUAGCAGCAGUGAUAGCAGCAGCAGCAUCCCAGAAUUUGUGCAGAGCCCUGAGGCUGUGCACCUGGAAAGGAGACACAAAGCCAAGGAGUUCAACAAAAAGGUGGAUGAAAUCCUCGGGGAUAAACCUGAAUUGAAGGAAAAAGUGUUUGCGGUUUUGAAGCAAUAUGCUUCAGAGCGGAAGGUGGACUAUUUAGCUUAUGCUCUCUCUAUGAUUCUCACCAAUGAGGACCAUCAGAUGCUCAUUGACAACAUCAGGAUUUUCAUCCCCAAGAAGCACCGGCAGCGUUUCGACGAAGUCGUGUCUCAAAGUCUCAUCAGCAAGCUCUGCCGGACCAAGAGGGGACAGCAGACUCACCGGCUCCGCCGUAGCCGCAGCGAGGACCACCCCGAGCGCCUGAUGGUAUCUACUCGGGCUAGCUCAGUGCCUCGGGGUCCAGAAGAUGUGGGGAAAGGAUUGAGGAAAACCACGUCUCUUAUUGCCAGCCGAGUUGGCUCAGGUGCUGCCCGCAGGACAGUUAGAGUGUACAAAGGCAACAAAAGUUUUGGCUUCACACUUCGUGGUCAUGCCCCAGUAUGGAUAGAAUCCGUCUUGCCUGGGAGUCCAGCUGAAAAUGCUUCCCUCAAGCCAGGAGACCGCAUCUUGUUCCUUAAUGGAUUGGACAUGAGGAACUGCUCCCAUGACAAAGUGGUCUCCAUGCUGCAGGGAAGUGGAGCAAUGCCAACUCUCGUGGUAGAAGAAGGAUUGGUCCCAUUUCCCAGUGACUCAGAUUCUCUGGAUUCUCCCAACCCUUCCUCAGCAUUGACCUCCCUGCAGUGGGUGGCAGAGAUCUUGCCUGGGAGCAUCCGAAUCCAGGGCAAGACUUUCAGCCAACAGUUGGAGCACCUGCUGACGCCUGCGGAGCGCUACACCAUCUGCAGAGCCCUCGAAUGCUUCUUCCAACACAGAAACAUAGAUACUCUCAUUGUGGAUAUCUACCCUGUGCUGGACACUCCAGCCAAACAGGUCCUAUGGCAGUUCAUCUACCAGCUACUGACCUAUGAGGAGCAGGAACACUGCCAACAGAAGAUUGCUCGGUUCCUGGGCUACAAGUCGAUGACAGGUGAGCAGCAAGAUUCUGAAUCCAUAACUGGUGCUACUACAUCAGAGAGUGAGACAGAAGAAAGACCUCAGAGUUCCCUUCGAGUGGCUUCCAUAUGCCGGGGGAGUAUGAGAAAUCAGGGUUCAGAGGGAGUCAACAGUGGAGGUCCCAGUGAAAGUGUGGAAAUCCCUAUCUCUCUGACCCCUGGAGAGCGCCAAGCUGGUGAUGGCACAUCCCUUCCAGAAACCCCAAACCCUAAAAUGCCAACACUUGCACCUGAGCCCUUUAAAAAGAAAGAUGUGGUCGAGAUUUUGUCUCAUAAGAAGGCCUAUAAUACAUCUAUUCUCAUUGCCCACCUGAAGCUGUCUCCGCCUGAGCUCCGCCAGAUCCUCAUGAACAUGGAGAGUGAGAGACUGGAGCCCUCCCACCUCAAACAGCUCCUCUUAUAUGCUCCUGAUGCUGAGGAAGAGAAGCGCUACCAGGGCUACAGGGACACCCCCAGCCAGCUGAGCGAGCCUGAUCAGUUUGUUCUGCAGAUGCUGUCUGUCCCAGAAUAUAAAACCCGGCUACGCAGCCUCUACUUCAAGACUACCCUGCAGGAGAAAACUGAGGAGAUCAAAGGCAGCUAUGAGUGUGUGCACCAGGCCUCCUUGGAGCUCAAGAAUAGCAAGAAACUUGCCAAGAUCUUAGAGUUUGUACUUGCAAUGGGCAACUAUCUCAACAAUGGACAGCCCAAGACCAACAAGACCACAGGCUUCAAGAUCAACUUCUUAACUGAGCUGAACUCAACUAAAACCGUAGAUGGGAAAUCCACCUUCCUACACAUUCUUGCCAAAUCACUGAGCCAACACUUCCCUGAACUCCUGGGAUUUGCCAAGGACCUUCCCACUGUGCCCCUUGCUGCCAAAGUGAACCAGAGGAUGUUAACUACUGACCUCACCGACCUGCACAUCACCAUCAGUGAGAUCCAGACGGCUUGCCAGAAGAUGCCUGCCACCAGUGAUGACAAGUUUGCUCUGGUCAUGACCUCCUUCCUGGAGAUGGCCCAGCCUGCUGUGCGGGCUCUUGAUACCCUUCAGCACAAGGCGAUGGAGGAGUUUAGCAGGGUGCUGUCUUUUUUUGGCGAAGACUCCAAAGUCACCACUUCUGAAGCCUUUUUUGGCAUCUUUGCAGAAUUUAUGAGCAAGUUUGAGCGGGCAUUCAGUGAUGUGCAGGUCUGUGAGAGCCAGCGCAGCUCAGGAAUGGCCUCUCCCCUGGCCUGGUAG